GAGACGGCGUAUCAUCUCUAGUCGACGACUCUCUGCGCUUCUGAUCUGUAACGCUGACAGGAAGUGACCGCCAUGAGACGGCGUAUCAUCUCUAGUCGACGACUCUCUGCGCUUCUGAUCUGUAACGUUGACAGGAAGUGACCGCCAUGAGACGGCGUAUCAUCUCUAGUCGACGACUCUCUGCGCUUCUGAUCUGUAACGUUGACAGGAAGUGACCGCCAUGAGACGGCUUAUCAUCUCUGGUCAACGACUCUCUGCGCUUCUGAUCUGUAACGCUGACAGGAAGUGACCGCCAUGAGACGGCGUAUCAUCUCUAGUCAACGACUCUCUGCGCUUCUGAUCUGUAACGCUGACAGGAAGUGACCGCCAUGAGACGGCGUAUCAUCUCUGGUCAACGACUCUCUGCGCUUCUGAUCUGUAACGCUGACAGGAAGUGACCGCCAUGAGACGGCGUAUCAUCUCUGGUCAACGACUCUCUGCGCUUCUGAUCUGUAACGUUGACAGGAAGUGACCGCCAUGAGACGGCGUAUCAUCUCUAGUCAACAACUCUCUGCGCUUCUGAGCUGUAACGUUGACAGGAAGUGACCGCCAUGAGACGGCGUAUCAUCUCUAGUCAACUACUCUCUGUGCUUCGUUCUGAUUUGCAGCUUUUCAGACUUAUUUUGUGGCUGAAUAUAAUUUGUAGCUUCUCAAAAUCUGAACGAGGACAGUGAUAGUGAGAUACUGGCUACAGUGAUGAAACAAAAUCAGCGUCAGAUUGAUAAUCAUUGAUCAUCAUGAUCAUGAUUCAUAAUCAAUACGCCACUAUAAUAUAAACUAGAAAAUUUUGCAAGAAAGUUUGAGGGGUGCCUGCUACUGCCACAGAGUAGGAGGAAGUACAUACAGCAGGUACUACAGGUACUGUAUACUUCAGGUACAACAUACUGUAGGUAAUGCAUAAUGAAGUACAUGUUCUUUACUCUCCUCAGCUCCUCUCUCCAGCUCCUCCUGGAGGACCCCGAGGUGUUCCCAGACCAGAUGAGAUCUAUAAUCCCUCCAGUGUGUUCUGGGUCUGCCCCGGGGCCUCCUACCAGCUGGACCAGGAGGAUCCUGAUCAGAUGUUGAACCACCUCAACAUGAAGGAGCAGCGGCUCUACUCCGAGCUCCCUCCAGAUGUCUGACUCCUCCCCCUAUCUCUAAGGCUGAGCCCAGACACCCUACAGAGGAAACUCAUUUCAGACGCUUGUAUCUGUGACCUCAUUCUUUCAGUCACUAUGGAAAACUUUGCCUUCUGGGUCAGCUCCCUCUGAACCACGACGGUUCAGCACAGUGCCAUCAUCACUGCAGACGCCGCACCAAACUGCCGAUCCAUCUCAUGCGCCAUUCUACCCUCACUGUGAACAAGACCACGAGAUACUUGAACUUCUUCUGUUAAUUCAGAAACUUUCUCCCAGUCCAGAGGGAACAAUCCACCACAGUGACCUCAGACUGAUCAUCAUCUCAAACUUGUUGUGAUGUGAUUGGCUGGUAUGUUUCCAUGGUAACAGCCUUCACUGCCCCAACAGCGCCGCGUCUGUCACAGGAAGUUUCUGGUCUUCUGUUUGCUGAGUGGAUGGAUGAUGACUUCCUGUGUGUGAGGAUAACUUGCAGCGAGGGGGAAUAGGUGAGCUGCUGAAGUGUUGCGCUCUGUGAGGAGGAAGCUGCUGCUGCUUAACAUCAAACCAAUUAUCGUUAAGUCGGCGGAUUAAAGGCGCAGCUGAUCUGCUGUAAUGAGAUCAGAGCCGAUCACAGGGUCAGGAUGACGAGCUGUUGCCCGCUCACACUCACACUUUCUCUCUGCAGGAAACCAAGAGACCACCACACGUCUGACGGCUGGAUGUGAAUAUUAGGUUUGAUCUGCGCCCCCAGCACUAUGGACUGUCCUGACCUGCAGCUCGGCAUUAUGGGUCUGAAAGCAGGCUUUCUGAGCAAGUCUUUCUGUGACGGAUUAAAACUCUGAAACUCUGACGGGUUCUUGAGUCACUCUUCAAACAAACUCUUUUCCUCUUGGUACCUGACGUUUGGUGAUUUUGGCUGCAGUCACACUGAGACGGAAAGAUGCCGUUCAUGCCAGUGAAGUUCAACCUGCAAAAGCGGGUGAAGCUGGCUCAGGGUCUGUGGAUGAUCUACUGGCUCUCUGUCAUUGUGGGCAUCCUCAUCUUCAGCCUGGGCAUCUUCUUCAAGAUCGAGCUGCGGAAGAGAAGCGAGAUGAUGGACAACAACGAGAGCCACUUAGUGCCGAACCUGCUGAUCCUGGUGGGCCUGCUGGCCUGCGGGGUCAACGCCUUCGGAGGAAAGGUGUGCCACGACUCUCUGGACCCCAUCAAGUUCGCCAAGUGGAAGCCGAUGCUGAAAUCGUACCUGCUGCUGUGCUGUGGCUUCAACGCGCUGCUGCUGCUGACGGCGCUGUUGUGCUUCCUCAUGCAGUUCGCCGUGUACCUGACGCUGGCCGAGGGUCUCAAGAACAGCAUCAAGUUCUACAAGGACACUGACACGCCGGGACGUUGCUUCAUGAAGAGGACACUGGACAUGACGCAGAUCGAGUUUCGCUGCUGCGGAAACAACAACUUCAGGGACUGGUUCGAGGUUCAGUGGAUCAGCAACCGCUACCUGGACAUGAGCAACGAUCAGGUCAAAGAUCGUGUCCUCAGUAAUGUGGAGGGGAAGUACCUGAUGGACAGUGUCCCGUUCAGCUGCUGUAACCCUGGCUCCCCUCGGCCCUGCAUCCAGCACCACCUGACCAAUAACUCCGCCCACUAUGACUACGAUCAUCGCAUCGAGGAGCUUAACAUCUGGACCCGAGGCUGCCGCGAAGCCCUCUUCGCCUACUUCAGCAGCAUGAUGACCAGCAUCGGCGUGCUCAUCAUCGCCACCAUCUUCCUGGAGUCGGCGGACAUGGCCGGGUUAAAGUACCUGACCACAGCUCUUGAGACGAUGGAGGACCCAGAGAACCCGGAGUGUGAGAGUGAAGGCUGGCUGCUGGAGGCCACCAGGUGGAGGAGGCGCAGUGGAGCCUCCUCAUCACGUAUGGAUCGGGCUCUGGUCGUCACCAUCGCACUGCUGACACUGUCGGUUGACAUGGAAACAGACGGCCAAAAUAUCCAUUAG